AAAAGAGAGAGAGAGAGAGAAAAAAAAAAAAAAAAAAACUCCAUGUAUUUCUCUUUUUCAUCAAACAUGCAUUACCUAAAUUUUACCCUAAAAAGUCUACAAAUACAUAGAGGGAGCGAAGACCUGAGGGUAUCAAAUAACAAUCGGCUGAGUUUUAGUUUUUCCCAUAGGUUGGACUUGGACUCCCUUUUCUCUACUGCUACCACACAGGUUUUAGUUUUUGAAUUAAAUGGAGAAGAAGGGUAAAUAUGAAGAGAGAAGUAUUGAGGUGUUUCUGAAAAACUACAAGGUUGGAAAAAUUCUUGGAGUUGGUUCAACAGGAAAAGUUAAAGCUGCAAAACAUAAACUAACUGGACAUCAAGUUGCCAUCAAGAUUCUCAAUCAUCGCAAAAUUGCUAAAAUGAGUUUGGAACAUAAAGUUAGAAGAGAAAUAAAAAUAAUGAAGUUGUUAAAGCAUCCACACAUAGUUCAACUAUAUGAGGUUAUAGAGACACCAACAGAUACAUAUGUAGUGAUGGAAUAUGUGAAAUGUGGAGAACUGUUUGAUUAUAUUGUGGAGAAGGGUAGGUUAAAAGAAGAUGAAGGUCGUAGAAUUUUUCAACAGAUAAUAUGUGGAGUGGAGCACUGCCAUCGAAAUAUGAUAGUUCACAGAGAUCUAAAGCCUGAGAAUGUGCUUUUGGACUCAAAUUUCAAUGUCAAGAUUGCUGAUUUUGGUUUUAGCAAUGUCAUGUAUGAUGGCCAUUUCUUCAAAACUAGUUGUGGGAGUCCUAACUAUGCUGCACCAGAGGUUAUUUCUGGAAAAUUAUACGCAGGGCCUGAAGUAGACAUAUGGAGCUGUGGGGUUAUAUUGUACGCUAUUUUAUGUGGUUCUCUUCCUUUCGAUAAUGAAAACAUUCCUAUCCUUGUUCAUAAAAUAAAGAAUGGAGUGUAUAAGGUUCCAAGUUAUUUAUCAGCUGAGGCAAGUAACUUGAUUUCAAGUUUACUUGUAGUUGAUCCACUUAGAAGAAUAAGCAUACCUCAAAUUCGACAACAUCCAUGGUUUCAACCUCAUCUUCCUCGAUAUUUAGCUGUCAAACCACUUUCUGCUAUACCUCAACUUGAAAAGGUAAUGUUGCAUGAAACUAACACUACUACAAGUCGGGGGACUCCCGACGUAGCAAUGCUUUGGCAUAGAUUGGAAAUGCGUCAAAGAAGGCUUUCUCGACGUACAAAGCGAUGUCAGGAACAGUGUCAAGAGAAACGCAUCGUGAGAGCUAUUUUCGACGUGCAACCAGCACAGGGUCAUGAAUAUAUGUCUCUAAUAUCUCUGUGGUCGAUGUUGAUACACCGUUGGGACAACACGAUCCCCGACGUCCUCCAUAAGUUUCAGGAAAAGAUAUUUUCCAAUGCAACGUUAGAAACAUUUACCCCAACACUGUUGAACGAGCGUCGAGGAAAGAUCGAUGAGGAUGUUCUUCAACAAGUAGUUAUGAUGGGAUUUAGCAAAAAUAAGUUGAUUGAAUCUCUUCAUAACAAAACCCAAAAUGAGGGAACUGUAACGUAUUAUUUGCUAUUGGGCAAUCGAUUCCCUAUUUCCAAUGGCUAUCUUGGUGCUGAGAUUCAGGAAUCAACUGUAAAGGAACCCAAGCAUAUGAAUGAUCCAAUUGUUGGCCCAUUACCUUCUCUUGAACAUAUAAUGCAAAAUCAAGCUGUGGCUGUUACACCUCAAAUUCCCAAUAAUGGAAAAUGGGCUCUUGGAUUACAGGCUAAAGCACAUCCACGUGAUAUAAUGAUGAAAGUGCUUAAAGUGUUGCAAGAAUUGAAUGUGUAUUGGAAGAAGAUUGGAGAUUACAAUAUGAAAUGUAUGCUAACAUCUGAUACUUCAACACAUCACCAACAGUACAUGCCUAAUCAUUCAAUCAGGUUGGAGGUUAAUCAUCUCACUAUAUUGCAAAAUGUGGUCAAGUUUGAAGUUCAGCUAUAUAAAGUACAAGAAGAAAGGUAUCUGCUUGAUCUGCAAAGGAUUCAAGGCCCUCAGUUUUUGUUCUUCAACCUUUGUGCCACAUUCAUUUCCCAACUUCGAGUGGUUUAAAGCAUGAAAUUAUUUCAUUGCAAAGUAAAAUGCAACGUAAGGCUUUGUAAUGGCUAUAAAAGUCAACUUACUUGCGGCAGCUUCGACAAUGUUAUAGAAUAUUAACGUCGUGAAGUGUUUAGUUUUUUGUCCCCUUCCAGUUCAAUCAUGGAUGUAGACUGAAAUUUAAAGUUAUAGAAAAAUAUAUGUAUAAAUACCUUCCAUGGAGAUAAAUUUA